AUGGCAAUGGUCCAAGCAACCAAAAAUCGAGUGUCUUUUAUCAGACAAUUGAGACCGUGUAAAGAUACAUGGCGUAUUGAGGUUAGGAUUAUUCGUUUAUGGAGAAACUACAACAAAGAUUCCGGUAACACCAUCAAAAUGGUGCUUGCCGAUAAAGAAGGGACAAGAAUUCAUGCUCAAGUUGCUGAACAGCUCAUAAAACAGUUUGAAGGGAAACUAACAGAGGGCGAUGCGAAAGUCAUCCAGUUAUUCAAACUCUACGAUGCUAUUGGUGAUUAUCGAACUACCGCGCAUCCCUACAAAAUAGGAUUCUUUCAAACUACUUUUGUUGGACCAGCGGAUGACUUCCCAAGUGAAGUUCCCAAGAAGUAUCUUGUGGAUUAUACUGAUAUUAUUGAUGGGAAGCUUGAUAACAGUCGUUUGGUCGAUGUUAUUGGCCAAAUAGUUAACUUCGGAUCUCUUGAAAACAAAGUCAUCAAGGGAAAAGAUAAUUUGAGGCUAUUGAUUGAGUUACGUGACCAAAAUGAUGUCAAGUUGAUGUGUACUCUUUGGGGCUCUUAUGCUAAACAAGUAUACGAUUACAGUAUGUUAAACAUGUCCAACAUGGUUAUAGCUAUCAUGAGGUUCUGUUCUAUUAAAGAGUGGAAAGGUGCUUACUCCAUAUCUACCGGGUAUAAUUCAACCUAUAUACUGCUCAACCCAACCCUGGAUUUAAUUGAGAACUUUAAAGCAAGUCUCCCUAAUGAUUCACUUGCUCUUACAAACAACGAUAGUAGCCAAUGGUCUGUUGGUAGUGCUACAUCUGUCCGUGCUAGAUUUUUUGUGACUAAUGAGAGGCUAACCAUAAGAGAGAUCAUCGAUAGUGAAUUGGUUGGUACUUUUGUCACUCUUGUCACAAUUGACAGCAUAGAUGCUGAUCGUGGGUGGCAAUAUCUAAGCUGCAAAUACCACAACAAAAAAGUUAUGCCAACAACCAAUGUUGAUGCUGAUAACCGUCCCUUGUUCCUUUGCAUUGCAUGCGAUAAGGAACACACUGAGGUCAUUUCCAGGUUCAAAUUAAUAGCCAAUGUUAAGGACGCUUCAGGUGAAGCAAAGUUUCUUUUGUUUGACAUCAAUGCUCAGCUUAUUGUUCGUCAUCCCGCUGCUGAACUCUAUGAUGAGGAUGAAGAUCCCGACAUCUUACCGAUUGCGGUUAGCGACCUUUGUGGGAAGAGAUUUCUUUUUGAGAUUUCGGUUGAUGCUGAUAACAUAAAGGGAAAGACCUCUCAGUAUGUCGUUCGAUUGGCUACUGAAGACCGUGAAAUGAUUGAGGAAUUUGCUGAUUUGCCUCCUAAAUCGGUUUUGAUGUUGCAGAACUCGGAUGAUAUUUCCUCUGCUUCUGGUGAUUUAUCAGUGACUCCUUUGUCUAAAAGGAAAAGCGAAGAAGAACAUGCUAUAAGCCCAAUGGAGCAACACUCCGUCACCAAGAAACAAUCCCGGAAGAAAAUCAAGGGCGAGUGA